GCCGAGCUCUGUAGCUGUUAGCUUGCAGGUGGGACCAGUUGCGCGCCGACGGAAACGUACCGCGAUGUACAUCUGUAGCCGACUCAUGGUGAAUGUCAUGCUAGCGUGACUCCAGAGCGAGCGAUGUGCGGAGGUCCAUCUGAGGUGUCGAAGCCUCGGUGGUGGUUAUGCGGCGCGUUGCGGGCACGUCUUGACACGUUUGCUGAGGCCAUGUCGACGCCCGGCAAUGACGAAGGCGCCAAGCCCGACUCUGCCACCUCCGCACGUGCUCCGCUCUCACCCACCUUACACACCCCACCACCUCCAUCAAUCAAGGACUCGUGCGGUCAGUGCGGGACACAGGCACUGAAGCCUCCGAGGCGGCACCGACAAACGGCUGCUAGGAAAACUGUUCGGCGCAGCUAUGCUAUAUUGGCCCAGCGCCCGAGCCAGGCUCCGUCCAACAGCCGAUGCUCGGUCAGAUUGUCGGCACUGGUCCACUUGAGCCUCAAGCUUUGUGCAUGCACGAUCCAUCCAAGCCCAAGCCAAAGUUUUCGAAGACCUCGUGGCAUCUCAGGCCUGUGCUCUGUUGCCCUGUACCAGAACUCGGAGUCGUUUCCGCUCUACAAGUCGGCUCUACAAGAUGCCGCACGCAUGCUCAGUCGAUGCCGUCUUCAGCACACCUGCGUCAUCACGCUCUUUUAGCUGGAGUGUCUGGCCCUCAUUCUGACUUGGGCGUGUACCUGGCGCCCAGCCGUUGCGGGGAAGAUGCAUCCAUGACGCGGGGGCCUAUUGGUCUACUACUACUCGACCCC